AUGGCAUCAAAUUCGGCAUCUACUGUAGCUCUGAUACCAUUUCCCUUUGAAACAAAACUAAAUGCUGUUACAGAUGAUUAUGAGGUAGGAAAUGAAGCACUAGGGGUUGGUGUUAACGGUAAGGUGUUAACAUGUUUUCAUCGGCAAAGAGUACAAAAAUGUGCACUAAAAAUCAUUCGAGACUCAGCUAAAGCCAGACAAGAAGUUAUUUUACACAAAAAAGCAAGCACAUAUCCGAAUAUUGUACGUGUACUAGAUAUUUAUGAAAAUGAACAUUCAGAUCAUCGAUGUUUAUUCAUUGUUAUGGAAUGUAUGGAGGGUGGUGAACUGUUUGAUCGAAUAAAAGAUAUAGGUCACGAAAAUUCAUUUUCCGAACACCAAGCUGCUGGCAUUAUGCGUUCAAUAUGUAAAGCUGUCAGUCAUUUGCACUCGAUGAACGUUGCACACCGUGAUUUAAAACUAGAAAAUUUAUUAUUUACAUCAAACGAGGAAGAUGCGGAAUUAAAACUGACUGAUUUUGGUUUUGCUAAAGAAUGCUCAGAUUCAACAAAAGAUUUAACAACACCUUGUUACAGCCCGUAUUACGUAGCGCCAGAAGUGUUAUCCAAAUCAAGUUAUGAUAAGGCAUGUGACAUUUGGAGCUUGGGCGUCAUUAUGUACAUUCUGUUAUGCGGCUACCCACCGUUUUGUUCAAACCACAGUUUACCCAUAAGUCCCGGUAUGGAAACUAAAAUUUGCACUGGUGACUAUCAAUUUCCAGAAGAGGACUGGUAUAUGGUAUCAGAUGAAGCUAAAAAUCUGAUACAAGCUAUGUUAACAGUAGAACCCGAAAAGAGACCAAAUAUUGAGACAAUAUUGAAAAAUUCAUGGUUAUCUGAAUUCACCACACAUGUUCCAAAAACACCAUUGGAUACACCACGUGUUCUUAUGGAUAAGUUACAAAAAUGGGAUAAUGUUGAAACAUCCAUUUGUGAAACGAAUAAAUAUAAUGGAAUGCCGAGUGACGAGGAAAUCAAUAUUUCAACAAGUAAUAAUGCUAUAUGGCAGCGACGGCAGAAACAACAGAAGAAUAAUAACAAGGAAUAA